UUCUUCUGGCGGAUUCAACGGCGUCCCUCCUACCCAACAACCCACAUGGCGACGCUCUUCAUCGCCGUCCAAUGCUGCCGGUGCUCCACGAUGCAGGUGAAGCAGCAGAAGAAGAGCGGCAACAACUGGGUGUGCUCCGUCUGCAACCAGAGGCAGUCGGUGCGGCGGAUCCACGCGCGCGGCCACGUCGCCAGCGACCUCCGCAGCUUCGUCCAGGCCUUCAACAUGGCCCGGGCGGACAUCGGAUCCCACGGCUCCGAUCCCGUCCCACCCCGAUCGGACGGCCCCCGCGCUUUGUCCGCCGCGCCGGACGCUCGGGAAGCCGUCGCCCACGGUUCUCCCUUCUCCACGGCGAAGAAGAGGACGGAUUGGUCCAAAUACUUGGAUCCAACCCACGAGGAGACAGAUGAUGACGAUGCAAAAGGAGGAGGAGAACAACGUGUUGUUCCGCUCGAAUCGGCGCUAGCGACGGAACUGCCUCCAGAGAAGUCGAGGCGUUCCUCGAUCCCUAAUUGCACCCGACGGGCCCAAUUAUCCGCUGCGGGAACCGACAAUUGCUUCGGCUUCAAGCCAUCACUCGCGAAGAGGAAACGAUUGCAAGCUGCUCUUGAAGGCAAGGAGGCAUCUGACUUGUCGAUUGCGAUACUCGAGUUUAUUGAGGAAGGUCUAAUUCAUCAGAUCCCACCGAUGCAGAGAGUACCGAGAUGGGAGGUGGGAAGGUCGCGGCGGCGCUGCAGGGGAAGAAGAGUGGUUCGUCAAAAUCGAGCGAGUACCUGGAAGAAGGUGAUAUCCAGAGGCUGUUAGCGGAGGAGGAGGUACACCCAGACUUCUUGUGAUGGCUCUACUUUUUCAGUUCCAUCAUCGUUUAGCCUGAAUAUUCAGACAAU